UAGCACAAAAUUUGACAGCUAGACAGCUAAACAUGGCGGCUGCAAGCUAAAGCGACCAGUCAACACCUUCGUCUUUUGUAUCAUUGUCAGCGGUUAGUAAAUAACCAGAACCGGGCGUAGACUGACGGAAAGAGGCUGUGAAUUACGGUCGCCUGUUUUGGGCCUUUUUAGGUUUUUAUCCAGCCGUUGUCCCGGUAUGUGAGGGCUUUGUGUGAGUGGACGCCACACCGGAGUGAAGUGACCCAACAACAGUGGGCAGAGGGCGGACUGUUUCUGCGGGGUUUCCUCACCUCUCUGCCGAUAUGUCUCUCAGAGACAUGGUGGCUCAACAAGGUGGAUUCCAUGGAAGGCGACUCACGGUGUCUGUAGCUAUAAAAGGCUCAUUCUAAGGUGAUCUCAGUCCUCUCUGUGAACCAGGUCCUCACUCCUUCCUCAUCCCCCGCACCCCCUGCUGAUGAUGUCAUCACCACCAGCGAAGCCCUCCGCUGCCUCCCUCUCCCCCAGGUCCCAGCUGCCGCCCACAACAGCCCUGGACUCCCUGUCCCUGUCUUCCCUGCUGUCCGGGGAUUUAGACGAUGAAGGAGAUGGAGGGAGAGGAGAGGGAGAGGGGGAAGGUCUGGGAGACCUGGAAGUGAACCCAUAUGACGGUUUGCCCUUUUCUUCUCGCUACUACUCCCUGCUGGAAGAGAGGAGGAGAUUUCCCAUAUGGAGGCUCAGACAGAGCCUACUAGAGCACCUGGAGAGCCACAACAUGGUGCUGCUCAGUGCACCCGGUGGAGCUGGAAAAAGCACGCAGGUGCCACAGUGGUGUGUGGAGUAUGCUUUGUCCUAUGAGUUUUCUCAGGGCCUGGUGUGCUGUUCCCAGCCCUGUUCGGUGGCAGCGGUGAGUCUGGCCUUUCGCGUGGCUGAUGAGAUGGAUCUCAGCCUAGGUCUGGAGGUGGGCUACAGGGUGUCUCAUGAUGACAGCUGUACACCCGACACCCUGCUCAGGUUUGUCAGUGACACUCUCCUGCUAGAGGAAAUGAUGUCAGACCCUCUGCUGCAUCAGUAUGGAAUUGUGGUGUUGGACGAGCUCCAGGAGCGCACCGUGCCCACUGACGUGCUGCUGGGCUUGCUGUGUGACGUCUGCCGGCAGAGGCCAGACAACUUCCGGGUUGUUCUCCUCACUCACCCAACACUGGAACCUCGCCUGUCCGCCUUCCUGGGACCAUCAGUCCCUCACCUCUCCCUGGACAGCCUGCUAACUGACCCCCCUACCAGAGAGGAGGAGGAGGAGGAGGAGGAUGGACGUGAGGUAGAGGAGGACAAGAAGGCUGUUGGGAUGAACACGGUAGAGACGUUGUACCGGGAGGUCUCACCUGGGAAGGAACCGGUUGCUGCUGCCUGUCACAUGGUGCUGGAUCUGCACAGAAGAGGAGAGGAAGGAAAUGUGAUGGUGUUUUUGGCCAGUGCACAGGAAACAGAAGAGUGUGUGGCUCUGCUGGAGAAGGAGUGCGUAGCGCUGAGCCCUCAGCUCGGUCCUCUCAGGAUCCUCCCCCUCCACGCUGGACUGGGUGGGCUGGCCCAGCGGGUCUACGAAUCCGAUCCCGAAGCUUCUGCUGUGAGGGAGAACGACAGCUCAGAGGGCGUGGACAGCUCAGCACUGGGAGCCGGGGGUCCCGGGGUCAAAAGGAAGGUUAUCCUCACCGAUACCCUUGGAGAGGCUUCCUUCUCCCUGCCGGCUAUUCGCUACGUCAUAGACACAGGCCUUCAACUCAAAACUGUUUACAACCCACAAAUAAGAGCAAACUCACAGGUCCUGAGGACAAUCAGCAAACACCAGGCCGACAUGCGCACUCAAAGGGUGAACAGCCACCUUCCAGGGCUGUGUCUCCGUCUUUACCCCCAGUCUCUGUAUGACGAUGGGAUGGGGGAGGCUCAUUGUCCAGGGGUGGUGGAGGAAAACCUCAGCCACCUGGUGCUGCUCCUCAAGAGGCUUGAUAUUGCCGACAUGGGACAGUGCAAGUUCCUGGACAGACCAGCCCCUGAGGCUCUAAUGCAGGCCCUGGAGGACCUGGACUACCUGGCAGCGCUGGAUGAUGAUGGUAACCUGUCAGAGGUGGGCAUCAUAAUGUCAGAGCUGCCACUGGAGCCACCGCUGGCUAAAGCCCUGAUCGCUGCCUGCGAGUACGACUGUGUUGAUGAGCUGCUCACUAUAGCUGCCAUGCUCACAGCUCCUUCCUGCUUCGUGACAGCAGAACCCAGCAGAGAGGAGGCUGCGGUCACACACUGGCGACCUCUAAUGCACACGGAGGGAGACCACAUGACCCUCAUUAAUAUUUAUAACGCCUUCAAAGAGCAUAAUCAGGAUGAGGUGUGGUGCACAACAAACUUCCUCAGUCACGCUGCCUUACGAUUGGCUGUGGUGAUCAGGGCGGAGCUGCUGGAGGUGAUGCAGCGAAUAGAGCUUCCUGUUUCUCCUCCCGCUUUUGGAUGCCAAGACAACUGCACGAACAUCAAGCGUGCGCUCAUCUCAGGCUUCUUCCUCAAAGUGGCUCAUGAUGUGGACGGCUCAGGUAACUACCUCCUGCUAACUCACCGCCACGUGGCUCACCUGCACCCCUUCUCCUCCUACCUGUGCCGCCAGCCACGCCCCGACCCCCCCAGCUGGGUCCUCUACCACGAAUUCACCAUCUCCCGCGAUAACUGCAUUCGCAUCGCUUCCGAAGUCCACCCUCAGAUGCUCGUGGAGCUGGCCCCUCAGUACUACCUGGGAAACCUGCCAUCAAGUGAUGGCAAAGAGUUGCUGAUGGAGCUGAGGCAGAGUCUGGAGCCCCAGUCGUACGAACAGGACGGAGUGUCAGACGAGCACAGCAGGACUCACAGAGACGCUGACAGGACGGGGGACGCUCACAAUCAGUCCGGCACCGAGCUCUGUGUUGUUCAGUGAGACGGAGCAUCUCAGGAGAGGACACUAAACACACAGCUGCUGUCACUUUACUGUUUGAUCUGAGAUUUGGUACUUUGUAUGAAUUAGUCUGUGAAAUCUCAUUUGAGGUUGAAUCAUUUUGAUGUGUGAUUUCAAAUGGACUUUAACUGGAAAACACUAAUGUACAGUAAUGUAUUGUUAAUAUAUCUCAUAUGCAGUGGCUUUGGAAAAUAUUCAAACCUCUUCAUUUUCUCCUUGUUGUGCUAUGUAUCCACUUAAUUUAAAAUUUUAUUCACAAUAUUUUCUUUAUUUAAUGAGGGUGUUUCUGUUGACUCUACAAAUAUAUAUCUAUAUAUAGAUAUAUAUAGUAGGGUUGAGCAAGUACUUGGCUGAAACGAGUAUUAGAUGUACUUAUCCAUACUCGUAAAUGUAGCAGCUUUUAUUAAAACAUUCUGUUCUGACUUUUGUGAUCAAAAAGAUUGCUCUCAAGCUCAAUUCUGUAAAUAAUUUUCUAAUAAAUGUAGCAACUUCUGAUCAACUGAACAAUUUCCGACUUAAAUUAACAACCUCAGGUUAGCUAUGACCACUCCCAUUUUAAGCACCACCCACGUCCGGUGUAAAGCUGCAGUAGGUAGUUUUUAUAAAAAUAACUUUUUGUCAUAUUAGCUGAACCUUUCACUAUAUCCUGACAGUAGUACAUCCUCUGGCUCCUCCUAGUGCUCCUAAUGGCAUUUACAAGAAUCCACCGGGCCCGAACAAACAAUUGAACAAUGAUUGUUUUGUCUCAUUCCCAGGGUCCCAAAGUGUAUGUAAUGUUUUUCACAUUCUGAGACUCUACAAUCAACUAUCUUUCUGGGCUCUGAUUGGUUGUUUUCGUUCGGGCCCGGUUCUGAUCGUUUCACAGAUUAUCUGUCUCAUGUACUACUGUCAGGGUAUAGUGAAAGUUUCAGCAUAUAUGACAAAAAGUUAUUUUAAUAAAAGUUACCUACUGCAGCUUUAAGCCCUGUCCAACAGGUAUGAAUAUGAAUACAGAUGGGUGGUUGAACAGAUAAAGAUAAUGGUGUUCUCGCUCAUCCCUAAUAUAUAUAUAUAUAUAUAUAUAUACACACACACAGUAUGUUAUAUAAACAAUGCACAAAAACAUACAUUUUUAAAUUGUAGCACAACAAACAUUGGAAAAGGUGACGUGGAUCGAAUACUUUAUCAAAGUGGAUCGAGUUUUUGUUUAGACUUCGGCUUAAAGCAAUACUUCAGUGAGCAGAGACUGUUAUUGGAUGACCUUUGACCUCUAUGCAGACACCCACAAACAGACUUCUCAGGGCUCACCGUACGAUGAGAUACUGUAGCAGCAACGCACAGAGCUUCUAUUUUCAACUUUUUGAUACUCUUUGUAUAAUGUGUGGGUUUCUUGCUUAGAUCUUCGUUCUGCCUUUUUCUCUCCAACUUUGUAUCAAUAAUGAAAAAUCUUUGUGUAAAAUGGAUUCUUAUUGUCCUAUUUAAUAGGAUGUGUCUGUCAAAACACUACUUCAAUACUUCAAAUAAAAGUGUGGCUUUCCAUGUUAAAGCAGCCUCCCUGCUGUGUCUCAGCUUCACUGUCUGUAAAGGUAAUUGUCUUGUAUUAAAGGUAAUACUGGUA